CCUAAACGAGGUGGGAUUGGUGGCUGAGCUAGUAGGCGGGGCCAGAGUUAUCAGAAGGUUUUCAGGUGCAUGUGCUAUCGUACCGUAUCAAAUGCUCCAUAUCCUGACUGCUGUCAAGUGUCUUUAAAUGUUCAGGGCAAUGAAGAAGGUGGUGGUGGUCACCGGGGCCAGCAGCCAGUUUACCGAAGGUAUGGAGUGUUCCCUGAAGAGCAGACAGCUAUUGGGAAGUUCCAAAGUUCCAGAAAGUUCCAAAGUCUUUUGGAAAGGGUACAAAAAGGGCCCACAAUUUGGAAAUGUGGCAUUGGCUUGGCCCUCUGUGAAAGGCUGCUCUCUGAAGACGAUGGACUUCAUCUGUGUUUAGCGUGCAGGAACCUGGGAAAGGCUGAAGCUGCCCGAGUAGCUCUGCUGUCUUCUCACCCCAGAGCAGAGAUCACACUCCUACAGAUAGAUGUUAGUAACCUGCAAUCUGUAUUUCAGGCCUCAAGAGAACUCAAACAAAGGUUUGAGCAUCUAGACUACCUCUAUGUGAAUGCUGGAAUUAUGCCAAAUCCACAGUUGAAUUUAAAAGCACUUUUUUCUGGCCUGUUCUCAAGAAAAGUAUUUCAUAUGUUCUCCACAGCUGAAGGCCUGUUGACCCAGGAUGACAGGGUCACUACAGAUGGACUGCAGGAGGUGUUUGAAACCAAUGUUUUUGGCCACUUUAUUCUGAUUCGGGAGCUGGAGCCUCUGCUUUGUCAUCCUGACAUUCCAUCUCAGGUCAUCUGGACAUCUUCUAGCAAUGCCAAGAAAUCUAAUUUCAGCCUAGACGAUUUCCAGCAUGCCAAAGGCCACGAACCCUACAGCUCUUCUAAAUAUGCCACUGACCUUCUGAGUCUGGCUUUGAACAGGAAUUUUAACCAACAGGGCCUGUACUCCAGUGUAGUGUGCCCAGGCACUGUGCUGACCAAUCUGACUUACGGAAUUCUGCCACCUUUCAUCUGGACACUACUGACCCCAUUAAUAUUUUUGCUGCGCUUUUUUGUAAAUUCUUUAACAACCACACCUUACAAUGGAGCAGAAGCCUUGUUAUGGCUUUUCCGACAAAAGCCUGAGUUUCUGAAUCCCUUGACCAAAUAUCACAGUGCUACCACGGGACUUGGAAGCAAUUACGUAAGCCCUCAGAAGAUGGAUCUGGAUGAAGAGACUGCUGAAAAAUUUUACCAGAACUUGCUGGACCUGGAAAGGCGCUUUGGGGCCAUCAGAGCCAGGUCACUGGACAGCCCGAGUCAAAAAUGAAUUUCUUAGAACCAUCAAAUGCCUUUUGGGCUUUUUGAGCAUCAACGUGCUUUUAAGGGCUUCUACUUCUGUUCUGUUAGGUGAUGUGCAUUUGCAGAACAACCAGGAGAGUCUUGUCUCCCUCUCCUAAUAUGUGUGUGUGUGUAUGUGUGUAUGUAUGUAUGUAUGUGCUCGCAUGCGUACAUUGAUAUCCUAUAAGAGAAAAGAGGGGGGAAAUCUCAUUUCUUAAACAUCCAGUUAGAAACAACUCAUUUGUCAUUUCUGUCACUACUUCCAAACGUAGCCUUGAGAGCUGGCCUCUUUAAUAUUGCUCUGUGCCUUAUUUCUCCCUCAUAACCUAUUUAAACUAUGGGUGACAUCUCAUCUCUUAGAAGGGAGAGGGUGUUUUUUGAUUUACAUAAAUAAGUAACCAUCAUUUGUAGUGUAAAUUAUUCCAUAACUGAAAAUUAGGACCAAAGCAAGCCUCACUGGACAUGUGUUCACUCAUCUUUUUUGUGGGGAGUAGGGAGACUGGUCUCCUUGUCUUGCCUAGACUAGAAGCAUCAUGGCCACUCAGGAGCCCAGUUCCAGUGCUGAUAGGUGUGGAAGUUUUAAUGUGUUCUGCUUAUCCAUCCUGGACCAGUCCACACUUCCUUGGGCAGCUCCUGAGGGCCCGGUGUAUUGGUGCUGGACUUGGUUCAGGCACCUGACUAGCUUUAAGUCCUUCUGUGGUCCAGAGACCCUCAACUCAAGCAGUCCUCCAGCCCCAGGCUUCCUGGUGGCAGGGGAUAGAGUCCUGUACAAGCAAGUAUGGCUCCAUCCCUCUCAAAUAAGGAGAGGGUGUUACCCUGUAAAACCUAAAAUCAAGCUACAAUUCUGGAUUCUGCCGGCAUUGAUGUCUUCCUGAGAAAAUCACUUCACUUAUCAUGAGUCUGCUUCCCAUCCAGUGAAAAAGGAGUUAACUUCUCCCCCUCUUUGUCAUGAGGCUCCAGUGUGUUGACGUGUUCCAGAUAAAACUAACUUGUUUGGGUAUGAGCUGUUCUAGAAACACUGUGCUUUUUGGGGAUGUUAAAAUAAAGUUUUCACAUGAAGUUAACAGG